CUCUCCUUUAAUCAAUCAAGCGCCUUCUCUUUGAUUUCUUCCCAUCUUCCUCCUCUGACCGUCUUGACUGCGAUCAGGAGCUCAGAGCCAAUUGAUCGCGCACGAAGCUCAGUACCGCACGCAGAGCGCCAGUUCAUCGUCGCGCAAACGGAGCGCACCGCAUUCCCCAUCCGCACCGACGACUCCACGAGUGGCAACAACCUGCCAUCCACCUUCGCCAACUGGGGCAUCCGGCAUCUCAACAAUGGCCGCCUCGCAGCAGCCUCCCUAUCCCCCCAGACCCACACAAGGCCGCCGUCGCUCAUCGUCAGGCCGUCGCUCCUCGUCCUUCGAUACCUAUGAUGGUCAAGGUGGUGAAGACGACGAUCUCCCAACAACUCCUCUCUCUCCGCCUACUGCAGCUCCUGAUGAGGAAGAGAUGGAGGAGCUGCUCGCUGCCAGGCAAAGUGGGGAGCAUUCACUUGGUGGGUGGCACUAUGCGCCCCUCCUGGUAGGCGUUUUGCCUCCCCUGAUGUCCCUCUUCGGCGGCAAUGCCAAUACGUGGAGUGACGGCAUUCUGCUCUUCAUCGCGAGCUUCUGGCUCUUCCAAUGCCUCAAGAUCCCUCAGGACAUCUAUCACGCUGCUCGCACUCGACGAAUCCUCCAGGCUGACCAGCUCGGAGACGAUAUGGAUCAUCACAAGGACUCACCCGAGCGGGUUCGACGUCGUCAAAUGGCCAUUGUAGAGCUGCAGCGAGUCGAGGUGCUGUCUCUCCUGGCCUGCGUGGCUAGCCCCGUGGUAGGCGCAUAUAUUCUGCACCUCCUUCAAGUGAACCUGACCGACGGACAGCGUUACCUCAAUCACUUCAAUAUCCGCCUCUUCAUGAUGGCGGCAGGCAUUCGCCCUUGGACGCAUGCAUUCAAACUGCUUCGCCGUAGACUUCUGCUGCUUCAAGAAGACGUCCACUACCCCUCAGCGAAGGUUGAGUCACUGCAGCGUCGCAUCACACGACUCGAGGCCGACUUGUCCUCGCUGCGCAAGUCUGCCGUGUCCAAGGCUGAUGUCAGGCUACUGCGGGAUGGCAUUGAUGUGCCUCUCUCGCAGAUGUCGCGCUCGAUGCGCCGAUACGAGAAGAAGGAGGAAUACAUGCGCGCAAAUUCAGACGACAAGUUCGCUCUCGUCGAGGCCAGGCUCGAGGAUCUGCUGCGCGAGUGCGCCAUCAAUGCCGAGCUCAUCGAGUCUGAACGGCUCGAGCGAGAGCGUAGCGCCUCUCUAGGUCGUAACGUUCUCGAAGCCUUCAAGUUUGCCAUCGGUCAGCGCUCGAAUACGCAGUCGUCACGCGGCCUGCCUGCUUCUUCGUCCUUUGCUAGCAUUACCAACUCAACAUCUCCCACUUCGCCGCCUGGUGGAGGAGGCAGCCCUCCUUGGGCAUCGCAUGGGCGCCUCCGCUCGACCAGCAAUGGCAGCAAUGCAGCGUCGAGCAUGAUGGCUACAACGUCGUCAAACUCAUCUCUGCCAAGCUACACCUCUCAUGGCGGCUCGCCGCCUCGAUAUCCUCAAACUCUACCUUCGGCCUCUGCUCACUCGAAUGGCUCAGCCAUGUAUACCCAAGAGCAGGCGACAAAGGCAGAUCUAGCCCCAGAGUGGUACGAGCGUGGCAUCCUCUACUGGGCUUUCCUGCCGCUCAAUCUCUCCAACUCGGUACUGCGCUAUGCGGGAGAUCGAAUGUCGUCCACCUCGGCACAGCAACAAGCAGCUGCUCUGCGUCAGCGCAGAAUGAUCGGGCCUCCCCCUCCGCCGCAGCCUCCCCAGGCUAUGUCGGCUGAAGCUUACGCUGCUCUGCAGCAGCAGCAGCACACGCUUCAUCACCCACCAUCUAUUCAAGUCACGCACCCUUCGCCCAUAAAUACAUCAUCUGGCUUCGACACAGGGCAUCAUUCCAACGGCGUGUCCCAAAGCUCGCCCACCCACUCCUUUGCUGCUCCGAGUGGGAUGGGCCAGGGAGGGGUAGUUACCUCUUCGCCUACCGUCAGCCUGGGCAAGACUGGCGGCCAGUCGUCGUCGGGCCCAUGGAAGAGCGGUAGGAUGGGCUCUGGGCGAGCGGUCAAGGUCUGAUGCAGGCACUAUCACUCAUCUCAGCUCUCUUCCUUCUUCUCAUUGCUCCGCCUUUCCUGAUACCCAGCCGCGACUGCGAGUCUUUACCCUAGGAUACACAACUUCAUCCGCUGCUUUCUAUUGUAUCUCGAAACUUUGUAGCAAUUCUCGAUCACCUCACUCAGUCGCCUUGCUCUCAAUGUCUGAACAUGC